GAGUUGGACCGAGGGGAGCCCCGUCCGUCACCCGCACACUGGCCCGCUGAACCAGAAAUACCACAGCCCGAGGAAUUUGACGAAAAUAUUAACGAUAUGUUUAUGGAUGAUAACGACAUUAACGAAGAUGACAUUAACCAACCUAACGACAUUAACAACGACGCUAACGACGACACUAACGAAGUCCAGGCAGAGGAGGGGCCUGCGCAGCCCCGUUACUUCUUGUAA